ACUCAGAAUAAGAAGUUACUUGUAUUAAUACCUCUCUUGCUCUGGAAACAAGAGUAGAAGGUCCUUAAGUCCCCUAGGGACUAUGUACUCUGUGGUCCCACUAAACAUCUUCUUUCAUAAAAUCCUUGGGUCCACCUGUUUUAAAAACAUCACACAUGCCUUGCUGCUCACUACUGUUAAAGUGUCUAUGUUGGGCAGCAUACUUUGUUUAAUGAACUGCACUGGGAAAUGAUCUGUCCAUUCCCUCAAAGAGAAGUGCCGAGAAUCUGUAAGCAUCUUUAUUAAAGUAAGCAAGAAAUCAGUGCCAGACAUGAAUGAAGUUAUACAAGGGGCUCCUAAUUUAUGGUUCACCAUCACUUUAUCACAAAGUCCUUCCUACAGCAGCCAAGUUUGGAGGGUUUUUAUUUUGCUAGUUAAGAAUUUCUCAAAUUUUAUUUGGUUGUUCAUGAUGACAAAUACUUCUCUCCAGUUCAUUGCAUUUCAUGAAAAUUUGCCAUGGUAUUAUUUUGGGCGAGGGGUGGGUACUAGUAUACUUUGCCAUUUCAGCCCAUUCCCUGCUCUUCAGACACGCUCCCUGCUCAUCACUUAACAAUAUGAUGAAGUUGACCAAUAUAUGAUGCUGGAAACUGCAUGAUCUAGCAGUUCUUGUAUAUAACAAUUAUUUAACAGGCACAUGAAACAGUGAUUUAUUCUAGGUUAGCCAUCAAGGCCAUAAUAUCUAGGGGAAGUCUCUGUUUUGACAAAAGGCAUUGUCCUAAACCCGGAUUUUUCUAAAUUCAUGAACAUAUUAAUAUUUGUGGGGUUUUCCCUCUGCGCUGUUACUUUUCCGGUUGAAUUCUGAUUGGUUCUUGGCUACGUCAUCUGUUACUAUUUUUAUCAUAAUUCACCGCCCGUAUAAAAAACAACCGCAAUGGCUUUGUAACCGCUCGUUGUCCCGGUAGCUUUCGACAAGUGUUUUAUUCCGCAACCAUGUUCAAAGAUGCGUUAGUUUUGCAAAGUUCAGCAAAGAAAUGGCGACUGGAACCCGUACCUACAAGAUCAAGGACAAAAAUUACGAGGUUAAGUUCGAGUUAGAUGCCCGUUACAAGCUCUUGGAGAAUAUAGGCAAUGGAGCUUACGGAAUUGUGUGUUCGGCCAUAGACACGAAAAAUGGCAGCAAGGUCGCAAUUAAGAAGAUUCCCCGGGCCUUCGACGUUGUGACCACUGCAAAACGAACGUACAGAGAGCUUAAGAUCUUGAAGCACUUCAAACAUGAUAACAUCAUCUCUAUAAAAAACAUCCUGAAACCGCCCGACGAUUUGGAGCAAUUCAAUGAUGUUUAUGUUGUUUUGGAUUUGAUGGAAAGCGACCUCCACCGCAUCAUUCAUUCACAACAACAACUAACCGACGAACAUGUGCGAUAUUUUCUCUACCAAAUUCUACGAGGUUUAAAGUACAUCCAUUCCGCAAAAGUCCUGCAUCGAGAUCUCAAACCGAGCAAUUUGCUGGUGAACGAAGAUUGCGAAUUGAAGAUUGGGGAUUUCGGAAUGGCUCGGGGGCUGUCGUCCUCACCUUCGGAGCAAAAGAGAGUGAUGACCGAAUACGUUGCAACGAGAUGGUACAGAGCGCCGGAGUUGAUGCUCUCGUUGAACGAAUACUCAGAAGCGAUCGAUAUGUGGUCCGUGGGUUGUAUUUUUGCCGAAAUGCUUGGAAGGAAGCAUUUAUUUCCAGGAACAAACUAUCUCAACCAGCUGCAGCUGAUUCUCAGUGUGGUUGGAACACCAUCAGAAAGUUUCAUAGAACGAAUGGGUGCUGAACGAGUGAAGACAUAUCUUAGACGACUGCCAAAGAAAGAUCCAGUCCCACUGGACAAGCUUUACCCCAAAGACAAGUGCCAUGCAGAUGCACUGGAUCUGUUGGGAAAAAUGCUUAAAUUGGAUCCAAAGGAAAGAAUUUCUGUGGGUGAGGCAUUGGCUCACAGCUAUUUGAAAGAAUAUCAUUGUAUCGAUGAUGAGCCUUUGUGCUUUCCACCAUUUGAAUUUGACUUUGAGGACCUCCCUUUUACUAAAGAUGAUCUGAAGGCAAGGAUAUUGAAAGAAAUUGAACAGUUCCACAAAGAUAGGAUGUUGAUUUUGUCUCCAGUUCCUUGCUCUCCAAAACAAUUACAAUCAAGCCAAGUUUCAUCAACCCAGUCAAGUGAAAAAGGAAAGGACAAAGUUGCUUCCAAAAAAGGCAACAUUCCAGUUUCUUCAUUAACCCUGGUGGAUGUUCGCCAGAAAAUGGAGCAAAACCUCAAAAGGAAGAAGGAGAAAGAAGAAAGUCAGAGCAAGAAGUCCAAAGCGGCCAGGAGGCAAUCAGAAAACAAAGAAACAAAAACAGAUAGCUCUACAGGGCUGAGUGACAGUGACAAGCAAAUGCUAGCAAGGUGGGAGAACAUGAGGAAGCAAACCAAACCAUUUAUACACCCAAUAAGAAAGUAUAUGAAAGAGCUUCAUGAGUUGAAAGAAGAAGCCCUGUGUGACGAUACCAAACCAAUUGCUGCAGUGCCCUCUCAGCCACUCCUCCCUCCUGGAAAUCAGCAACAGUUUCAGUUUACGCAGUUUGUACCACAAAACCAAAAUGGAAAUGUGACUGCUUUGAAGGCUGUCAAAGUUCCAAGUCAGGCAGUACCUAUUGUGACGGAGACUCUUCAGGGGGGUGGUGCUGUUGUUCAGACAGUUGCAGGGAAGCUUGUUCUAUUAGCACCCAACCAAGUGGUAUCGCUGCCUCCUUCUGUGCUAAUGAAUGUUCCUGUUCCCAUGGCAACUCCACAACUUGUCCUUGCUCCUCAAAAAUCUACAUCCCAAGCCCCUGUGAAACAAAUUCUUGCAACUUGUGUAGGUAAUCAAGAAUCCCAAGGAAAAACUGCAAGUGUGCAAAACAGCACCAUAGGAACUUCAGCAGGUCUGCCACUUGGACUCACCACACGUGUUGCAAAGACUACUGCUGGGGUCACUUGUGAUCCAAUUAGUAAUGUCAUGGGAAAGUCUGUCUGUAAUGGUGCGAGCAAUAAAGCAACAUCUACACAACUUGUGAUGAGCUUGGCAACAGCUGUUUCAUCAACGCCAGUGCAGACAAGUACCUCAACUGCCUUUUCAAUGCUCUCACAACAAUCUUUCAGUAAUUUUCAGAGCCAUUCUGUGCCCAGGUUGGUUACUCAACUUGGAAUUCCUUCACAUGUCACUGCUAGUAAAAACUUGGUAGUUACAGCGCCAGGUCCAAAUAAUCAGUUACACAAUGUUACAAACACCUCAAUGGUCAAUAUGUCAACACCCCAGCAAGGAGCAGCUGUGAUUAACAGCGUGACGAGUUCAGUAUAUCUUGCUAAAGACCAGUCAUUGACAGUUUCACCCUCACCUUUAUUGAAUGUUCCGCACAUCAACACUACAUGUACAAAUAAUCAAGGUAUUGCACUGUCAAACACAUCACCUCCAUUCUUGUCCACUUCAAAUAAUAAGUCUCAACCAACGCAAGUCACUUUGUCUACUCAAGUUCCACAGUCAACAAGUAGUUCUGUCCUUUCUACAUUGGACAAUAUUCCUUGGAGUACAGCUUCACAGACAUUUGCAAGUAAUAACAUUCCUUUACAGACACAAACAGUUCAGUCUGAAAAUGCUUUUCUUCAUCCAACUUCAAAUUUCAACUCAACUUCAGCACUGGUUAGUUCAUCGUUUUCCUUGACAGACUCAGUUGCAUCAACUGCAGCUCCAUUAGACACUAGUUUGGAUUUUUGCAGCGUGACAGAAGAUGAGAUGGCACCAUCCCUCAUGAGUCCUCAAAGUCUUCAGUCUAUGCUACAGUCCAUGUUAAGUCAGUCCGAUGCACAGUUGCUUUGGAAUACAGUGCUCAACUCUCCAAUGAUACAAUCACCCAUCUUUAAGCUGGCUGACACCUCAAACAGUACUGCUACAAUGACAUGUACCGCAACGGAAUCCCACCCCAGGACAUCACCAGGAUCAGAGCAAUUUACAUCACAGCAAAAUUGUGCCAUUGCCCCAGGAACUGAAGCAUCCCAACAAAACAACAACUUCAUUCCUGAGAGUGUCCAAGAUGCCUUUAGUGACCUCAAUGUACAGGGAGUAACUGAGCAUGAUAGGUUAACUGAGGAAGUGAUUUUCUCCAGCAUGCUGUCUUCCAGGGCAAAAGGAGCUGGGAGUGGCUAUGGUUUAGGAAUUGACAUUGAAGAACUUCUUGAAAAUGCUGGAAUAGCACAGGAUCCAGCACUGUCUAGCCUAUCUAGCCUUGGUAGCCCUUAUAAAGACUCCUGUCUCACACUUCCUGCUAGCUUACCAAACAGUCCAUCCCUGUCGGCUUCGCUGCUAUCUGAUUGGUUGGACGGCAAAGACAUGCUUCCCACAGACAUUGAUGAAAUCCAGAAAGAACUCGAGUCAAACUCUGUUCUAUCUCUUUUCCAAGAAAUGGAGGAUUCAUGACAGCUGUUUAUGUGUAUUGUAUGUAGUUUGUAUUGUUUGUAAUGAUUGGCCAUCUCUAAAUUAUUUACAUGUACAAGUAGGAAGGCGCUGGAUUAAGAAAAAUUAUGAGGAGCUCCAAGGUUCCUCCUAACCAUGAAAUCCUGGGUGCCCAGCACUUAAGCUUAUGGAAAAAGUAAGUUUUUCAGUUGCUUUAAAGCAAAAGUUAGAUGCCCGACUAUUUUGUUCCUGUCACGUAUGUAGUAAAUGAAGUAGUUGAUAAGGCAGGAACAUUGCGUGCCCAUUUGGCAAGUAAUAUUUUACUAUGGGCAACUGAAAACUGAAAUAUACUGGUCCAGUUGGCAACUGGAUUUCAAAACUCUGUUCCUGCCCUGUUUUUAGUGUUUUGUUUGUGGAAUUUUACAAUUGUAAAUCUUAAAAGAAGCAUUAGAGGAUGCCACAUAUAUUGUGUGAAAGUUGAAUGCCAGUUAGAGUUAAUCCUUAAUACUAAUUUCAUUUUCUUCAGCUUCGAAUUUUGAUGUGACUUGAAGUUUCAAAAAAAAAAACAUACUCCUAUAAUAAGGUACAUCAGAUGCCAGGCUACUAAAUGCUUAUUUUAAGGUGUGAGUUGUUAGUCAGGUGUCAGUAAUGGAGACCUAAUUGCUUUCUGACAUAGGACAACAUUCUCUGCUUGGCUAUUUAUUUGUCAAACAUGGAAGUGGUUCUUUCCUAGGAAGUGAAAUAUUCUAACAGUUAGUGAGCCAUAGCUUUAACUUGACAAAGUAAAUUUAAUCUGCAUGCAGUUUUCUGCCAUUGCUUGGUAUCCAUAGUUGUCAAAAAUGGAGAUUGCUUUGCUAUGAAUUUUUUUUGAAUGCAUGAUUUGUGCAGUGUUUUACUGGGAAGUGUAAAUAUUCUAUGAAAGUGGUUUACGCCUGUAGUAUACCAUUAACUAAACAAGAAAAUUUGGAAAUCUAAUUAGAUGACAAGAUGUUUUGUUCAAGGUUGAAACAUAGUCGUGUCAUCACGUUAGAGUUUUUGACUUAAUUUCAUAAAAUGACAAGUAGUGUUUCUGACAUAGAAUGUCCAAAACACUAGGAUUAAAGAUGGGAACAAAGAAGAUUAACUUGAACUUUUACGAUUGCAUGUGUGUCAUAGUGUACCGUUGUUUAGUAUUUCUUGUAGUCCCACAUUCAAAAUGUUAAACUCUCAUAACAUAAAUAUAAGAUCUCUUAAUACAUGUAGUUCUGAGAGUGUGGUGUUUCAUCAAGAAUACUCUAGUUAGGUCUCUAAACACUACUACUGCUUAUUUUAAUGUAUUCAUGUUUGAGAAGAAGUGACCUUCUUAGGCCAUACUGAUACGUUUUUGCAAGUUUCUUUUUUCAUUCAAACCAAACACCUCAUAAAUUGUUUCCAUACACACUUCCCUUUUCCUAUGGGAACUGCGUUUUUCAGAGUCUCCUCUUUGGAAACCAUUUUGAAGAUCUCUGUUUUUCAUAAAAAUCUUAAUUGGCAUUUUUGAUGGGCUGCAGCCAAAAUUAUAGGCAAAAA